GAUUUGUAUCAAGAUAACCCCAGAUGGUUAAUACUUAUACUCAUCCACUGAUCACCAUCUCACUAAUCAUUUCCAUCAAUAAUCAUGAAAGAUACACCAAAACGUUGGAAACCUUACUGUUGUACCGCCAACGACAAGGUUUUUUGCAACUUUAGCCGUUGCAGACCCUCUAAAUCCGAGUUCUCCAAGAACGUGGCACCAUCACCAUCUUUCAGGCGCAUGUCUUUCUCAGACCUUAGCAGGUCAUCUUCCUUACGUAUUAGUGAAGACAUAGCACAAACUUUUGGGCCCGACUUGUGCGACUUUAAAAUGAGUGAGUUGAGAGCCAUAACUCAUAACUUCUGCAGUAAUUUCUUGCUGGGGGAAGGUGGCUUCGGUAAGGUUCACAAAGGUUAUGUGGACGAGAACAUGAGGCCUGGAUUGAAGGCUCAACCGAUUGCUGUUAAGCUUCUUGAUAUCGAAGGAUUGCAAGGUCACCGCGAGUGGCUUUCAGAGGUGAUAUUUCUCGGUCAACUUAGGCACCCAAAUUUGGUAAGACUGCUUGGAUAUUGUUGUGAGGAAGAAGAGAGAGUUCUCGUGUACGAAUUCAUGCCUCGUGGGAGCUUGGAGAACCAUUUGUUCAAAAGAAUUUCAGUUUGUCUGCCAUGGGGGAUCAGGAUAAAGAUUGCAAUAGGUGCAGCCAAAGGUCUUGCGUUCUUGCAUGGUGCUGAAAGCGCUGUUAUAUAUCGUGACUUCAAAACAUCGAACAUCUUACUUGAUUCCGACUUUAAUGCAAAGUUAUCUGAUUUUGGUCUGGCAACAAUGGGUCCAGAAGGAUCAAACACUCAUGUGACAACUAGAGUCAUGGGAACAUAUGGAUAUGCUGCCCCUGAAUAUGUCAACACUGGACACUUGACCACAAAGAGUGAUAUCUAUAGCUUUGGAGUGGUAUUGCUAGAAAUAUUGACUGGAAGAAGAGCAAUGGAUAAAAAGAGACCGAAAAAGGAGCAAAAUCUAGUGGAUUGGGCUAAGCCAUACCUGAGUAGUAGCCGAAGAGUUCGUGGAAUAAUUGACCCUAGGUUGGCUGGUCAAUAUUCCGUUAAGGGGGCCAAAGAGAUGGCCCUUUUAGCAUUGUACUGUGUGAGCCCGAACCCUAAAGACAGACCAAAAAUGCCUGCAAUAAUAGAAACCCUUGAAGGCCUCAAGAAUCUCAAAGACAUGGCAGUCACUUGUGGACAAUGGCCCCCUGCUUCAAAAAAGACAACCCCAAGGAAUGCAGUUUAUAUGCCAAAAGAAGGAAAGGAAAUCAAUGGGGGUCGUAUUUACUGGAAACAAACUCCUGUUAAGAAGAUAAUCACAAAAGGGUAAUGAGCAGAAAUGACGAUUAAGUUACAGAGAAAUAAAUCCUACAUCCUACAUAAGUAGAUAUGUGUAAAUGAUAAUCCCAUAUAUGUAAAUAAAUUCUGAUAAAUAUGUGCUCGUGUACAUGUUAUUCUGUGUGACAAAGAAAGAGUUACUCUAAUGGAUAUUGUCUUCAAAAGUGGUCUAUAAAAU